ACGAUUUCGUUCGUGCGGCGGGCAACUCGUGCGAAUGCGAAUAUAAAUAACAAGAGCCGCGGUAUUAUCAGUGAUCGAAAUUUCAGCGAUCGGCAAGAUCAACGAGCAAUGAUCGCGAGCGCAAAGCGCGCGUAAAUAGAGAAAAUACAAAUCAAGAGGAUUGAUAAAAAAAGCGUAUAGAACGCGAAUAAGGUGAAAUGUGUGUGGGGGCGUUGUGUAAAUGAAAGAUUAAAAAAGUUCGGAAAAAGUGCUUACGGUGGAAGCGCACCACAUAACCGUAACGGUAUCAGUUUUGACCGAAGGAAAAACGGGCCGGAAAAUGUCACAAAUACAGCGCAACUAAUCCCAGCUAAAAAUAGUCCGUGAAGAGAUAAAAAAUCACUGUGACAUUUGUUCGUGGCUUUUCCCUUUUUUACAACAAACUCACGUGUCUAACGACACUUUGACAACAGAGAUACAAAUCUGUUUUGGGAAGCUGUGCACGUGACCGCCAAUUAAUGAAUGAGACAGCACCUGAAAGCCAUGAAAGAGAUGGGCGGAAAGUGCGAGCGAGAUAAGUGAUAAGGCCGCGAAGAAAGAAAUCCCGAAUCUUAUGCUAAUUGAGCGACAGAAAGUGAAACGCAAAAAAUCAAGUUUAUAAGUCAAAAGUCACAAGCUAAAUUAAAUAAACAAUGCUUUAAAAGUUCAAAGCUACAAGCCACACAUUUUAAUUGUGGAGAAAAUUAAAAGCAAAGCUAUAAAGUUGAAAUUUAGCAAACGUAAAUCAUUUAUAGCCAAAUAUAGGAUACAACAAAUAGAGAAUAUUGGUUACGCCUCGUCAAGAGUUUAUAAAUUAUACGAUUCUAACAGUUCAUAAUAAAGCUCAAAAGUAAACACUAAACAAAUAAAUAAAAUUAAUUAAACAAUUCAAUUGCAUAUAAGCAAACGUAAAAAAAACUUCACCUUUUUCCAAACGAACGACAAGUUGACAACACAAUUAGUCAGUCUGUCACUUCACUUAGUUGGUGGGCCACAAUCAACGUCGAAACAAUCAAAAAGCAGCCAGCAGAGCGAAAGAGAUAGCCGCGGAUCGCCAGAAAGAGAGGGCAAAUCGAAUCGGUUGACGGCGGCGGAGGUUUGACAAUAUGUUGAGCCCCCAUAAUGAAGGAAAUUGAUACGGAGACAACAGUAGUAUGGCCAGCCUGGUGUUAUUCCGGUAACGCACCCACCGACAUACUGCAGCAGAAGCCAGCCAAGGCCACCACCGCCAUUGUGGGCGGUCGCAGCGCAGCCCAACCGGCGACCCACGACGACCAGGAAGCGGCCACGACUGCUUCCACAGCCACCAAGCGGAAGCAUCUCGAGCGGUUGGCCAGCGAUCUGCGGCAGCUGGGCAAGAAGGGCAGGAGGAGUCGCUCGGUUAGUCCCUGUAGUAGAUAUCCCACCGUUGCGGAAACGGCCAGAAUGCUUAGCGAACGAUCGCUGCUCAGCGGAUAUGGAGCCAUCGAGAGCAGUGCCAAGAAGCUGAGCGAAGCGGCGACCGGUGGUGCGGGUGGUGUUGGUGCAGCCGGUCAGGCUGCCACGCCCACUACCAGCCAACUAAGUGCACCCGCCUCCGCAACAUCCUCCUCAUCCAUGUCGUUCUCCUCCGCCGGCAGCACUUGCACCACCAAUGCAAACACGGCAUCGGUGGCUGCCGCCUAUGCUGCUUUCUAUUUGGAGAAGGUCAAGCAUGAGAAGAUGGACAAUCACAAGGAUGCACCGAUGGUCACCAUACACAAUAACAACAACAACAACACCAUCAACAACAACAACAGUAGCAGUAGCAGCAGCAGCAUCAUCAACAACCAUCAAUCGAGUCAACCAAGUCUGGGCCACAGCGUCAAGAGGGAGCGGCUGAGUCCAGGGAGCAACAGCAGUAGCCACAACGGCGAACUCACCGUCAGCUCAUUUGCCAGAUCUCGCAGCGCCACGCCCUCGUCGUCAUCGUAUCGUGGUGGUGCUGGUGGUGGUGUCUCACCCAGCCACCAGCAGCAACAACAACAGUCCCAGCAGCAGCAACAACGCCUUAGUCCGCCCAGUGGCCCAUCGAUGGCAACAGCAACCACUACAUCAUCAUUAUCAUCAUCAUCAUCGGGAUCGGCAUCGGCAUCAGCAAGUGCAGCCACACACAUGCCGCUGCACAAUUUGUCAACGAAUUUGCUAAAUAGCAUUCAGCAGGCUGCCGCCAGCCAGCAGCAACUGCGCAGCAGCAACAGCAACAGCAGCAGCAACAUCAGCGGCAGCAGCAACACCGCCAAAUCGGACGGUGGUGCCGCCUCGAAUGCCACGGAUUUCUCCACCCGCAACUAUUCGGACAUUAUGCGAUGCCUGGCGGCCAAGUACAACAAUUCCAAUCCCAAUGACAAUAACGCAACUCGACGCAAUUCCUACUACGACGGCAGCACUUCUGCGACAACAGCCACUGGAGGAGCCGGCGGUGGAGGCGGAGGAGCAGGAGGAUCAAACUCUGCCCCAAGCAACGCCCCCAAGUCGACGAGCAGCUCCGCCGGCAGCACUGCGACCACUGCCAAGAAGCUCUCUCCAUCGGCCGCAUCGGCGGCGAACAGUGCUGCCGUCAGUCUGCCCAAGGAGGCCAAAGUGAGUGUGGCCGGUGGAGCAGGUGUGGGUGGUGCAGUAGCCGGUGGUGGUGGUGGCGGUGGUUCGUCCAUGUCGCAACUGGCUCCACCACCCACCGCUCCAUCGCCCACGGAGCAGGCCAAGAGCCAAAUGGCCGCCGUGGUGGCAGCAGCGAGUGUUUCGCCGUUUAUGACCAACUUUCUGCCCUUCUCGUCUGGUAUUUUCCCGCCGCUGAUAGACAUGAGCAGCACCCAGGCACUGCUGACACUGGCGCGUGCUGUGAAAGAUGCCGAAAUCCAGGAGAUUCUGCGCAGCAAACAGCAGCGCUCCGGCUCGAAUGCCUCGUCGCCGAGUGCGAGUGCGGCGGGCACGCCACGUUCCAGUUCCACCCUGAAUGCCGCACUGCAUCAGGCAGCCCAAUUUGUAACACCCGCUCUGAUCUACUCGGCCCAGCUGCAACAGCAACAACAGCAGCAGCAACAUCAACGGCAGCAGCAGCAGCAAUCGCAUCACGCUUCGCGGCAGUCUAGUCCACGUUCCACCAAUGAUUCCACGACGGUGGCGCCCAUCGGUGACGUCGGCGGUGGCUCCUCGAUUGCGUCGGCGGCGCCAUUGGAUUUGAGCUCGCAGCCGCCGGCCGCCAAGCGCUUCAAGGCAGAGCGUCGUGCCAGCUCCACGGCCACCACAGCAACAACAGGCACCACAGGCUCAUCCACAUCCACACCAUCCCCGCCACCGUUGGAGCAGCACGACGAUAUCAAUUCUGGCAACGCCAACGCGACACUAGGCACGGGAUCGGGAACGGGUGAGAGUUCUGCAGCGAGAUCGGGAGCAGGAGCCGGUACAGGAGUUGCCAAGGCCCGAAGACGAUGUCAGGCGCAGAGCGAGGAGGUUAACUCCUGGUCUGUGGACGAUGUGUGCGGCUUUGUGGGCGGAAUUGAUAUAUGCGCCGAAUACGUUCAGUCGUUUCGUGAUCAGUCCAUCGAUGGCACUGGCCUGCCGCUCUUAACCGAGGAUCACCUGGUUAACUCGCUGGGCAUGAAGCUGGGGCCGGCUCUCAAGCUGCGCUCCAUAUUGGCGAAGAAAUUGGGCGGGCCGUGCCCGUGUGUUGCAUGCGUUGCGCAGGCGCAACAAAUGCUGGCACUGCAAACGGGUGGGGCAGCAGCAACGGGAGCAACAGCAGGCGCAGGAGCAGGAACGGAAUCGGCCACAAAUAGUUGCAGCAUCAAGUCGGAGAUCUUCAAUGGCGGCAGCAACGGUAGCAGCAGCGGCAGCAGCAGCAAUCAGGGCAGCGAUGUUGCAGCUCCGCCGGCGGCAGCAGCCAGCUCGCCCAGCAGCAACAUGUUGCUGCCAGUGUUGCCGUGCAGCGGACUGCAGGACGCCAGCUAGUUAGCAGCGGUCCCGUCCACAUACGUAUUUAUGCUAACUAAAUUGCAUUUCACCUGCUAAAAUGCUGAACCAAAUAAGCUUUCAACAAUUAAGAAAGGAAUAAGAGAAUAACAAAUAGACAGGCUGACAGGCGCCUUGGAUUGGGAGAGAAUACCUAUUGUAUAAAUUAAACGAUAAAUAUGUAAUUUAAUGGCUAGCUAAAGUUGUAAACUUUAAGUGAGAAACAACAAUAAUCGCAAAGUCUUCCAUUUGCACACACACACACACACACACGAACACACAAAUCAUAAUUGUAUAACAUUAAUCAAUUUAUUAGUCAAUUUAAUGAGAGAGUUUUCGUUUACGUACUUAAGUGCAAAGCGCAAUUUUGCAUUGAUUUUAUUUAUUUCUAUGACUUUUUUCGUUUUUAACUGCUAGUCAGUAAAUGUAUAUUUAAUAGAAUUCCGCAAAAUGUGAAGCAAACUUAAAAAUUCAAUUUUAUUGUUUUGCAAAUCGAAGUAAAAGGCUAUUUAUUUUAAUAUAAUAUCCUACGAUACGGCAGAAUUGUUGGACGCGCCCCCAUUGCUUUGUUCAAAUUUUAUUAAUUUAUGUUUACUUUAUCUGCGGCCAUGCACAGAGGAAUUCAAAAUUCAACAUUUAGAACUAUGCAUCCUUUUAAGAGCUCCAAGACUUGAAACCAACACACAAACACAACACUAUACAAGAAUUAAAAAAAAGAUUAAAAACAACCACACGAAACAAGCAAAUAGAAAACGUAGUAUAUAGCUCCCAUUGUACAUAUUGUUUAUUUAAUUAGUUGUAAGCGAUUUAGCAAGAGACACACAAAAACAUGUUCUAACACCUAGGCCGUAUGCAAUGAUGAACUUAAAGAAACAGAAGCAUAUUUCUACAAAAUAGGCACGAUGAGAAUGAACUUGAUUUACUUUAUACAUUUAAUGAACUAUAGCUAUUUUUCACAAGCUGAAGCAAAUAAAUUAUACCAGUUAUCAUACAAAA